AUGUUUAUCUACGAUCAACUUUCACGAGAUGAGUCAGAAAUCAGGCUCGUUCGUUUCCAUGAAAAUUCUAGUUCUAAGCCUGAGCUUUCUCUCGAACUGCGCCAUGCCUCCAUGAGCGAGACCAGCUAUGCAGCUCUAUCCUACGUCUGGGGAGACGUCUCAGACACGAUCAAAAUUAGUGCCAAUGGCUCAUCCCUUAACAUCGGUCGCAAUCUCCAUGCUGGACUUGAGCAACUGCGAGAAAAUGGCGUUUACGACUGGCUCUGGAUCGACUCAAUAUGCAUUCAGCAGUCUGAUCUCGAUGAAAAGAGCUAUCAAGUUGGCCUGAUGCGAGAGAUCUUCAGCAAUGCAGAUCGCGUGUACUCUUGGUUAGGUCCAGGCUCAAUCGGGAGUGGCGCAGCAAUGGACUUUAUCUCUCGCAUCGGCCCAAUAGCCAUGAGAUUUGAGGGAUUGGAUUUGCUGCCCACGGAUGAAAGAGUCAUCGCUUACCUCAAUAACCCAACUUCCUACAAGGGUUCUACAGGGAAUGAUGGCAAUGUCUUGGGAUAUGCUCACUUGAUACACGAUAUCCUCCACGAGCCAGAUCUACGAGGCAAAAAUCAUGGUGACGAGGGUCUUGCCGCUGGGAUUCAAGGUCUGAUGGAAAGAGAAUACUGGCAUCGGAUCUGGAUCAAUCAAGAAGUUGCUCUUGCAAAAGAGGUUACCAUCGUUUGUGGCGCCAAAACUAUGCCGUUGGGUAUCCUUGAAGCUACACUGAGCGUCGUCGAUGAUUGCUAUGCUCGUUAUCGUUAUCACAGCCCCGAAACGAGAGACUUUGGCAGGGGCUUACACAGUAACUUUUCUUACAACUUGGCUAUGGAAACGCGAUCUCAGAAGCUUCGUGGGAACGAAAUACAACUAGACAGCCUGCUAUUUCAUCAUAUGGACCCUCCAGAUCGUCCAUUUUACUCGGCUACAGACCCUAGAGAUAUUGUCUUCGGGCUGCUGGGCGUCACUACGGACAACGAUCGUCUGGGUAUCCAGGUAGACUACAGAGCGAGCAUGGCUGAAGUGUUUACUGCCACGACGAGAGCGUUUAUAGAGAACGAUGGCACGUACUGGGGAGCGUACAAGCUCGACAGCUGCGUUCCGAAAGAGGAGAGUGUUGACGGCUUACCUUCCUGGGUCCCCGACUGGCGAGAAAUGGGGAAAAGUGGAAUCUCGGAAGACGCAAUCAACAUGUCCAGACAUUUCGACGCGACUCGGGGAGUUCCAGUGCCUCCAGCUAUUCGAAAUAGCACCGAUGACAGCCUCGGAAUUCUUCGCCGCCAUGGAUGCCGGGUUGAUAUCAUCACGGAAGUCAUGCAAUCACACAAAGAGGCUUAUGAAAAAGACCGUGCAGCCCUUGAUCCCGCAAAUUCAGACUCUCGACUACAGUCGAUUUGCGAUUUCAUGAAUCUUGGGCCUGACAUCGGCCCCGGAGAGGACUACAUAUGGCGAGUUCUUCUUGCACCCCAUUGGUACCGGAGAAUCAACGCCUCCAUGAGCAAAGACAUUGCAACCUUGGUCCGAAAGAUCAUGCGCCGGAGUCCUAUUGACGCCGAUAGGUUGACUAAAGAACAGGCCAACUUUAUCCGUGAUCUGCGAGAUUUCUGGAACAAGCCGCCCAAGGUCGAUGACGUUUCAGCCCAGCUUGCUAAUGCUCGCAAGAGACUCCAAGAUCAGGAGAGACUGUUCAACCACCAUAGGACUCUCUUCAAGACACCUAAGAAAAUGCUUGGGCUUGGGUAUGAGAUGGUUCGACCUGGUGAUUUGGUUGCUUUGCUCUGGAGAGUCCAGUCGCCGAUUAUUUUACGGCCGAGAGAUGGCGGAGGGUUUACCUAUGUUGGAGAUGCAUAUGUCGAUGGGAUUAUGCACGGAGAGUUUUUGGACACCCAACCUGUUAACGAGGAAUUUGAGAUUUAUUGA